AUGGAUUACUAUGCCGAACCAGUCUCCAUCGUGCUAGAUUCGCCCGAUGAUUGGUUGGCUUGGGACUCGCAUAUAAGAGGGCUGGCCAUGUGCUAUGGAAUACUAGAUAUUUUGCUGAAGAAGAAACCGCGCCCCGCGGAACCGAUUCACCCUGACGAUUUGGAACCCGAAGUGACCAAUCAGAGCGCUGCACCGAACAAUCAAGCUGCGCAAGAUACGCGAGAGCAAGCGAGACGAUCAGCUGAGGGAGAUGAACGGACGACACAAGUGAGCCAAUCAACAGCGUCAGAUCAACAAGCGAGACGAUCAGCUGGAGCAGAUCUCGAUCCGAAAACCUUAUAUGAUCGUCAAGUCAGCCGCUGGAAGAGACAAUAUAAGGAAUGGGAGAAGGCAGAGAAUGGCCUACGAGCUAUCUGGCGAGAGAUAGAGCAGACGGUAGCGCAGAGACACCUUAGACGGCUAACCAGCGAAUCAGAUUUUGCCAUUGAGAGGUAUUGGAAGCUGAAGGCUAAGCUGGAACCAAAGAAGGAAGAUCAGAUAUCG